CUCGCAACUUGCCAUUCUAUAAAAAUCGAGAUGACAAGCCUUACCAACCCUUGCAUACCAAUCCAGUGGUCCUUCAUGCAUCGGCGUGACUAGACGUAGAAAAGAUGAGCGACCAACCGACGAUCCUGACCAUCGCCGGCUCGGACCCCUCGGGAGGUGCUGGGAUCCAAGCGGACCUCAAGACGAUCGAGGCUCAUCGUGGGUUCGGGACGAGCGUCAUUACCGCCUUGACCGCUCAGAACACUCUGGGUGUACAGGGGGUUUGGGAGAUGAGCGUCGAGGCGGUGUUCAAGCAGUUGACUUGCCUAGUGGAUGACCUCCCACCGAAAGCGAUCAAGACGGGCAUGCUGGCAUCCUCACCGAUCAUCCAAGCUCUCAUCCAGGCCUUGUCGGAAAAAUACUCUCUCCCAAUCCAUAACUCCUCGUCCACCUCAACAUCGGGACCGCAGACGAACUCUACGCAACUCCCACCUCUACCUCCGCUCAUCAUCGACCCAGUCUCGGUAUCCACCUCUCGGCAUUCGCUAUUAUCCCCUUCGGCUAUCAACGAUCUCGUCUUCGAUUUCCUUCCCUUGUGUUAUAUCGUCACGCCCAACGCUCUUGAAGCGGAGAUGAUCGUCAACUGUCUUCGUGCUAGAUCCGGUUCCUCGCCAUCAGCUUCAAUGUCAACCUUUGGAUCAGCCCCGAGGUCGAAUGCAGGUUCUGCUCUGAGUGAAGAAGUCUUGGGGAAGGUUAUCAAGGAUACCGAAGACGACACCGGGGUCCGAGUGAAAGAUCUGAAGAGCAUGAUAGAGGUUGGGACCGAGAUCCUGGCGUUCUUGCAAUCGGAGAACCGGGGAGAAGUGGAUGCAGAAAAGGGGGUUCUGGUCAAGGGAGGUCAUGUACCGUUAACUACCUCGGCAUUCAAGGCGCAAUUCCGAGCUCUCAAGAAGGAGGAAGUAGGGUCCGGGUUGGAGGUCGAGGUGGUUUGGGAUGGGAAUACGCUCGAGGCGGACUCGAAUGAGGAGGGGGAAGACGGAGAUUUCGUGGAGAUCCUCUCUGCUUACCGCCAAACGCUUGUCAAGGCUAAACAGGGGGAUUUUACCCCUACGCAAGCCAAGUCGAAUUCCACAAAUCCGGAUAUAACUUCUCCUGAGCCUCCGGUUGAGGUCGAAGUCAAGGAGGACGAAUGCAUCGUCGAUGUCCUCUUAUCAUCGACCAACGACAAGGAAGGCGUGCAAGCUACCCUCUUCGUAGCACCGUCCAUCAAGAGCCGGUCGACGCAUGGAACGGGUUGUACGUUGAGCGCUGCGAUAGCUAGUAAUGUUGGGCAUGGAAAGUCCAUGAAAGAGGCGGUACAGCAAGGUAUCGAAUACGUCCAGUAUGCCUUGAUCACGGCGCAAGCUAAGGGUCAAGGUAAUGGUCCCCUUAAUCAUCAAUGUAUGACUAUCCCUCGACCGUUGCCAUUGCCAACAUUACAGAACCCUCACCCGUUCAUGUCAUUCCUCCUCCGGUCUUCUCCGGGCGAAUGGAAAGGAUAUGUACGACACCCCUUCGUCCUCCAGCUCGGAAAGGGGACAUUACCUGUCGAAUGUUUCCGGCAUUACAUUAUACAGGAUUGGCACUAUCUGCGGCAUUAUGCCAGAGCGCAUGCUUUGGCUGCGUCCAAGACGUCGGACUUUGAGGAGAUCAAGGCUUUUUCGGAGAUAUCACUUCACAUCGCUCGCGAGAGCACGAUGCACGUCGAGUUUUGCAAAUCGUUUGGCAUCACUAUGGAAGAGAUGCUCGCCUCGACCGAAUCCCCAGCCAACUAUUCGUACUCGCAAUACAUCCUCGACGUCGGACACCGUGGGGACGUGCUCGAGCUCGUUGUCGCCGUCUUGAGCUGUCUUGUUGGGUACGGCGAGGUCGGGCUCUACCUUCGACGGAAGAUUGCCGAACGCAGUGAAGGGUUCAUUCUCGAAGGAAAUCGAUACCGAAGAUGGAUAGAAGAUUACAGCGGAGCAGAUUACCAAGGGGCCGUCACUCGUGGAAUCGAAUCAUUGGAGCAACGUAUAGUCAAAGAACAACCUUCUCCAGCCCGAUUGGAAAGGCUUGUGCGGAUCUGGAGAGAUUGUGUACGCUUGGAGACGAAUUUCUGGCAGAUGGGACUAGACCUCUCGUGAGGCGCACUUUUGUCGAUCUGAGGCGCAAGUUGCAAGGAUAAGGAGCCACAAGUCUGAAACUAUACAAGCGUCAUGAGAUGUGAUAGACGAAGUCUAGGCCAUGCAUGAUCGAAUCAAGUCUUCGGGAAUCGGGGAUUGUUGCGCGGACAUGCGGACGAAACCAAUGUUCAUCAUGCCUUAAGAUGUUGAAUCACCCUACACCCCACCUCCAUCACGAUAAUCAAUCAAUCAUACAUGUACAGUGUCACAAUCUUCACGAUACUCAUAAUUCUCGCAAUC